UCGGGAAUUCCGUCUUCUCAUAAGUGGAUUCGAACUAGGGAUCUCUUCUCCCAUAAGAACUAUUCGACCAAAAUAACUUGGUAAAAUUAAUUUGUUUUGGAGCUUGAAUUCUCAUGUAUGUAAUGAACAGUGGCACAAACAAAUCGACUCUCCGUUCAUAUCUCCGGGUGAUUUUGCCUCAAACAGGGUGAUUCGAGUCUGUUGUGUUACUCCCCGACUUGGAUUUUCGAAAUCAAUUUGCGUAUUUGCAAUUUCGUCAAAUUCCCAUCACAAAGAUUUUCGGAAGAAGAGGAUCAAAUGGAUAACAUGGUGGACUCAUUGAACAUAGCUUACGAGAAGUUUGUUCUUGCCUCAGCCAAUGUUCUCGAGUCCAAGGAGAGUGCGGGUGGGCAGAAAGCUUCUCCCACUGAUGCUGCUUUGGAGAAUUUCAAGGAGAAAUGGGAACUGUUCCGCGUGGCUUGUGAUCAAGCCGAGGAGUUUGUGGAGUCGGUGAAGCAGAGAAUUGGAUCUGAGUGUUUAGUUGAUGAGGCUACUGGUUUAACUACUUCUGCUGCUGCAACUGGUAACUCAGGCCAAGCAGCAGCAGCUGCUGUUGGUGCUGCGACUAGUCUCCCGCCCAUUAGUGCAGUAAGGCUCGAACAGAUGAGUAGAGCGGUCCGAUGGCUUGUGCUUGAGCUGCAACGUGGCUCUGGUGCAGCUGCUGGUUCUGUCCAUUCUUCCACUACCGGGUUUGAUGCUAGGUUCUCUGAAGACUCUACUCAAUAGAGAGCCUACUUACGACCACACACCAUUUCAAGUAGUAGCGUAUUAUCAACUUUGUAAGCUAAAACUUGCAGCUGGAUAACUCUUGAGUCUGUUAUGAUGGAGGAUUUUUUUUCUUGAGUGGCCUGAUCAGUGAUAUAUUCUGUUAUUUUAUGUGACUAGACCAAGCAAGAAGCAACACUUGAUUUGUAGCGCUUUGACUGUUACUAAAUACAUUUGUGCAUUUUGUUCUGAAUCUCAAGUAAGGAG